AUGGACAGGCAGACUGAAAUCAACAGUACCAUGAGGGCCAUUCUUGUGGACUGGUUGGUGGAGGUACAGAUUUCAACCAUUGAUUCAGCUAAAAUCUUCACAUUUAGAUGUUACCACUUAGUACCAACAUGCAUGCACAAGUGGCCAAGUGCCUGUAUGAAGUACUGGAAGGAGGCUUCUAUGUCCUUUGAGAUGAAUCAUGAGACCCUGUACUUGACAUUGAAACUGGUGGAUCACUACCUAAUGGAAGUAGAUUGCAAGAAGGAUAAUUUACAACUCCUUGGUUCCACAGCUUUUCUGAUUGCAACAAAAUUUCAGGAGACCUACCUACCUUGUGUGGAUGACUUCCUGUACAUUUGUGAUGAUAUGUAUAAACGAGAUGAGAUGCUUGCCAUGGAAAAAAGCAUCCUGAAAACCCUCAAAUUUGAAAUCAACAUUCCUGUUGCCUAUCAUUUUCUGCGAAUAUAUGCUAGGGCUCCUAUCCUGGAGUAUUACAGUGGCUACAAGACCUCUGAGCUUCACCCGUUGGUUAUGCGGCUGAAUCUCCUGCUGACUUUCUGUUCUUGUCAUAGGCUGAAGACUGUACAUUUCAAGUAUUCUCACCAAGUCUUCUUUGAAGUUGCCAAAAUACCCCCCCUGGACAUGUUGAAGCUGGAGGAAAUGUUGAACUGCUAAUUAUGCGGCUGAGGGCCUGGCACUCUGGCAGCAGCCACAGGGCCAGGCAGGCAUGUUAAUAAGCUAUAUUUAUUCUGUGCUUGAAGUUGUCUUUUGGUCACUUUUCUUCAUUUUUCCACUUUUUUUGUGUUUUCCAAAAAUGGUAAUGUUGUAAAUAUUUAAUUAUUUUAUAAUGAAAAAGAAAACAUAUAUUGUCAUAUUUGACUAGAAAUUUAA